CAAAAAUAUAAAAUUAUUCAACAAUGCCUAAUAUUAUAUGGCUCGUUACUUCCCUCUAUGGCAUCACUAAAUCUAAUAAUUGUUUUUGUUAUUUUUAUGCUUCCUUUCUCUAUUGUUCUUUCAUAUAUCUAUUGAACAGAUAAACUAGGAAAGUUUGUUUAGAAUAACCACUUAUUUUUAAAUUAAUAUCAUCAAUUUUAAUACACCAAUUUCUAAAUCGUUUUUGAAAGAAGUGAUCGUGUGAUAGCAGUAAACUGUAGAUAAUAAUAUAAAUUUCAAAUAAACCAAUAACUAUUAUUUAAGUAGGUUAUUUUAAAAUGAGUGGAGUGACCAAGUUAAUUAUUCUAUUAAUAUUCUACGUAAUACAAGGGUAAGUUUUAUUUUAUUAUUUUCAUAAAAAUACAGCAAGAUUGUGUACCUUAUUACCUACCUACUUACAUCGACAGAAUAUUCUACCCUCUACAUUUUUUUUGUUAACUAACGACGAAAAUACGACGAAGAAGUUGAAAAAAAAAACAUUCCCUGAGAUAAAAAAAAUACCUUUUUUUAGCCGACUUCGAAAAAAGGAGGAGGUUCUCUAUUUGUCUGUAUGUAUGUUUUAGCAUGCACACUACACCCUCUCAUCCAAAUACAAUAAGGUCUUGGGCUUGUGACAACGGCAAAUGCUACAAGACUGCCAGCAGCAGUGAGGAGGGGGCCUUAACGCUGGAUUCUUGCAAGAUGUUCUGCAAUCCUUUUGGAAUUUUGUGGCCACGGCCCACAGGGGAGGUGGACCUUGGGUCACAUCUGGCCAAAAUAAAUGUGGACAACAUUACAAUAGUCUCAGCUAAGAGUGGGCCAUCGAACGAUCUUCUAGAAGAAGCUUCUGAACGAUUCAGUAAAUUAGUUAGAUCAGUUAUUCCUGAAGGUUCAACCCCACGGAGAAAAGGAAAGGCACUCAACAUUUAUGUUAAUAACCGGACCCCUUACGUAAAAGAACUUUCGCUAGAAGUGGACGAGUCCUAUGAGCUCAUUAUAAAACCCGUGGACGAUGACGUCAUCAACGCCAGUGUCACUGCGAAUACAUUCUUCGGCGUCCGCCACGGCCUGGAGACCCUCAGUCAGCUCAUCAUUUACGACGACAUCAGGGAUCACUUACUGAUUACAAGGGACGUAGUCAUUGAAGAUCAGCCGAUGUACCCGUACAGAAGCGUCCUUCUUGACACAGCUAGAAAUUAUAUUUCAAUUAGUACAAUUAAAAGGACCUUAGAUGCGAUGGCGACAGUGAAGUUGAACACUCUCCACUGGCACCUCACUGACAGCCACAGCUUUCCAUUCGAGUCUGCUAGAAGACCGAAUAUGUCGAGGAACGGUGCAUACAGCCCUAAAAAGGUGUACACAAAGGAGAUGAUAAAGAGUUUAGUUCAGUACGCCACCGCUAGGGGCAUCAGAAUAAUACCAGAGAUCAGCACUCCAGGACACGUGGGAGAAGGGUGGGAUCCCCACCUGCUACUAUGUUUCAAGACCGAACGCUGGUUCCACUAUUGCAAAACGCCACCUUGCGGUCAAUUGAAUCCGAUAAGCGAAGAAGUUUACGAUGUCUUAGAAGACCUCUACAGAGAUAUAGCAGAUUCAUUCCAAACGGACAUGUUCCACAUGGGCGGGCAGGAAAUCAGCAUGUCGUGCUGGAACUCCUCGGAGCAGAUCCAACAGUACAUGCUGGACCGCCGCUGGGGGCUGUCUGAGACCAGCUACAUAUGGCUAUGGAACCUCUUCCAGGCGAGGGCUAGAGAGAGAGUGUUUAAGGCUUUCGGAAGAAAACUUCCGAUAAUAUUGUGGACGAGUGAUUUGACAGAUACUAGCUUCGUUGAGAAAUACUUGACUAUCACGGAACACAUUAUUCAGGUUGCCACCGGGAAUUCUCAACAAAUAAAGAAUUUACUACAAAAAGGGUACAAGUUGAUAAUUUCUAAUCAAGACGCCCUAUUUCUGGACUGUGGCUUCAGCGCGUGGAUCAAGACUGCUGACUCAGAUGCCAACAGAUGCCCCCCAUUUAUUCCCUGGCAAAAGGUGUAUGAGAAUAGCCCCGCUCGCAUGGCUGGCACAUUUGAAGACCAAAUUGUAGGUAGCGAAGUAGUUAUAUGGACGGAUCAAGUGGACGCCUCAGCUCUGGACAGCCGUCUCUGGCCGCGAGCUGGUGCCUUCGCCGAGCGCGUGUGGGCAGAGCCUGACGCCAAGUGGACUGAUGUAGAGGACCGGUUCUAUCGGAUGAGGGACCGCUUGGUGAAGAUUGGUGUUCAGGCUGAAGCUGUAAAGCCGGAGUGGUGCUUCCAAAACGAAGCCUACUGCAACCACCCGGUUCCAGGAUAUAAACGACCAACAACAACAGCAGAAGAAAAUUCGACGCUGGCACUAUGGGGCGGUAGAAUUCUCUCAAAUAUUGCUAAAACCGCGGAUUCAUAUUAUAACAAGCUGAGAACUUUAGCUAAAAAAGCGUUUUAGUACUUAUUGAAUAUUUAUAGUAAACCUUACAUAGUAAAGUAAGAAAUGACUGAUUUAUUUUUGCUGAAUGGUUAAUUACAUUUAUUAUAAUAAUAUGAUUUGUUACACAA